GUCCGCUGUCGGUACACGCCACCCGCCGCGCCGCCCGCCCGCCCGCCCGCGCGCCCGCCCGCCCGCGCGCCCAGCGUCCCCCGCCGCCGCCGCCGCCGCCGCCGCCGCCGCCGCCGCCAUGGGAGUGCAGGUGGAAACCAUCUCCCCCGGAGACGGGCGCACCUUCCCGAAGCGCGGCCAGACCUGCGUGGUGCACUACACGGGGAUGCUUGAAGAUGGAAAGAAAUUUGAUUCCUCCCGGGACAGAAACAAGCCCUUUAAGUUUAUGCUAGGCAAGCAGGAGGUGAUCCGAGGCUGGGAAGAAGGGGUUGCCCAGAUGAGUGUGGGUCAGAGAGCCAAACUAACCAUCUCCCCAGACUACGCCUAUGGUGCUACUGGGCACCCAGGCAUCAUCCCGCCAAAUGCCACUCUCGUCUUUGACGUGGAGCUUCUGAAACUGGAAUGACAGGAAUGGCCUCCUCCCUGAGCUCCCCAUUCUUGGGUAAGGAAAUGUGCCGUGGAGGGAUGUGGCGCCUCCAGACGCGCACGCGCGAAUCCGUACGGAGCUUUUCCUGAUGUUCCACUACACUCUUUGUAUAAACAUCGACCCCGACUGAAUGUGUUCUGUCACCCGGCUUUGCUCUUUCCCUUUCUCCUCGUAUGUGUGUUGACCUAAACUAUAUGCCAUAAACCUCAAGUUACUCAUUUUAUUUCGUUUUUGUUUUGGGGUGAAGGUUCAGUUUCAGUCUUUUGGAUCUAGGUUUCCACUUAAGAAUUAGUCAAGUAUUAACAGCACAAGUAAUGGGUUAACUUUAGGAUAGGAAUUGGUGUGGGGGGGUGGGAUGCAAGAAUCUUUAUUUUAUUUUAUUUUUUUGGAUGAAAUUUGUAUCUAUGAUAUAUUAAACAUUCUCGCUGCUUCGCUGCAAAGCCAUAGCAGGUUUGAGGUGCUCUCGGGGGCCGGAUUACUCUCCCAGCUGAGAGAUGUCCUUGGGUUGAAUUAAAAGCCCUGCCUAAAACGGAAGCGGGGCGGGGAGAGCCUCUGCCUGCACUGCCCCGCCUCAGCCUCCCCUUAAAGCCUCUGCCUUUCGAAAGCAGAUGCUCUCACUGCGAUGUAGGACACUACAGGUUCCUGUCCCCAGGCCAGCAGGGGCCUCCGAAGCCUUCUUCGUGGCCCGGCGUUUUGGUUUGUUUUUUUCCAUCCUGUGGUUUUUCUAACGGAUAUUCAGGACUUUUUGUAAUCGCAUAGCUAUCCAAGCUCCACUUCCCAAAUUUUAAGAAUUUUAAUCGAAAGUUUAAAUUGAAGGUGCUGUUUGUAGACACUUAACACCCGAUGAAAGCCCAGCCAUCAUGACAAACCCUUGAGUGUUGUCUUGAGAAAAUGAUGCUGGUCAUCACAGCUUCAGCAUCUCCUGGUUUUUGAUGUUCGGCUCCCCCUGCUCUUCUCGGAGUUUCCUGGCUUUUCCUCCUCUCCCUCUCACCCCUUUGCUGUCCUGUGUAGUGAUUUGGUGAGAGAGAUUUUUGCUGCCUACCCCCCACCCCCACCUCCCCGCACUACGUAUGAGUUUCAAGUUUUAUUAUUGCAAUAAAAGUGCUUUAUGCUGGCUUUUCUCA